AUGUUGCACCGAGACAAGAAGCCAAGGCCUUCCAUGACCGCAAUAUCGACGCACCCUCGAGUGGGUCGUCCAUGCAUUGCUGACACGUCCGAGUGGCCGUCGUUCCCUAUAUUCACAGCAGUUCGUUUAGUGUGCCGCGAAUGUCUCGACGCGGAUGGAACCGGCAGUUUGCUUCGAGUUAUCGAUACGUUUCUGGAUAAUCUGUCGGGGGCGUGGACAUUGUCGACAGGGUACAAGAACUCGAAUGGUAGCUUACGAUUGCUGCAGUACCUCGUUGCUCGUGAGUCGAAGACGUUGGAUCCAUUUCUCCGACGUUGGGAGGUGAACUGCGUAACGGGAGAAAUGGCAGCACGUGGCGAUCUGCAAGGCCUGAAGUGGGUCACUGAAAAGUAUCUGCCGGGAGAAUUUCUGACAGAAGUUGUAGCUCAAGCUACGUGUAAUGGACACUUGGACAUCCUGAAGUUUCUAUGGGAGAAUCAUCGCGGUGUGGGCUACUGGGGGGGAAUCGAGCUGGUCGGAGCGAUAAAAAAUCACAAUCGUGAGUUGGUGGACUGGUUAAGAAUUCAUGUUGAUCUUCGACCCGAGUGUGCCCAGCAUGUGAUUAAACAUGCAGCAGGGUAUGGCAACUUGGAGGUGGUGCGCUGGUUGUGCGAACAUUUUAAUGUGGGGAUUGCUGAGGCAAUGAGUACAGCAGCAUCGAACUGUCAGUGGGAGGUACUGCGCUGGCUGGUGACAACACAAGUUGUGGAGAGUCAUAACCUCGAUCCAGCACUCCACGAUACCAAUCUUUAUUGGAGUCCCGCUCACCACGGUAAUCUGGACAUGAUUAUUUUUUUGUUCGAAUGUAAUUUAGUCCAAGAUCCUGUGGAGGUUUUCCAAACGGCUGCUGCACGUGGUCACUUGCACAUUAUCAAGUGGCUUUACGAGGAUAAAGGGAUCUUGAAUACUGGAGACGCGUUUUACUUUGCCGCAGAGAACGGGCAUCUGGACGUGUUGAAGUAUUUGAACGAGAAGGAGCAACGUGCAGACUCGUACCAUGUUGCUUUGAAUGCUGCCGCUGGGUCGGGGUCACUAGAGACUGUUCAGUGGCUCCAUUAUAAUACCCGAGCUGGGUGUACGUAUCGUGCUAUGGACGUAGCUGCUGGUAUGGGGCAUCUUGAAUUGGUGCAGUGGCUCCAUGAUACACGAACAGAAGGAUGCAGUGCUUUGGCCAUGUACUAUGCAGCUAGAAAUGGCCAUCUCGAGACGGUGAAGUGGCUGCAUUCAAACAGAAGCGAGGGUUGCCAUGUUCUGACGAUGAAGAGGGUCGCAGAGCGCGGUAACCUGGAGAUGAUUAAGUGGCUCCACGCUAACCGACACGAGACUUUCAAUCUCGAUGGAGUAAUGGACGCUGCUGCCGCGCUCGGUGAUUUGAGAAUUUUGCAGUGGUUUCAUGAAAAUCGCGAUGAAGGAUGCAGCACUUUCGCGAUGGACCAGGCGGCUGAAAAUGGCCAUCUUGAAGUGGUAAAGUGGCUACAUGAACACCGUACGGAGGGAUGUACUCAAAGAGCAAUGAAUGACGCCGCCAUAAACGGACAUUUGGAAGUGGUCAAAUGGCUGCACUUGAAUCGGAGUGAAGGGUGCACGACGUUAGCGAUUGAUGGUGCGGCUGGGAACAGUCAUUUGAAGGUAGUCAAGUGGCUGCGUUGCCAUCGCUCCCUGGGGUGCACACCCUUGGCUCUUGAAUUGCUUUUUAGCAAGUCACGACGCCUUGAUACCGCAGUGUUUCUCUUCUCGGAAUUUCCAGAAUGCCGUACAUUCCACUUGGGGCCCGUGUUUGAGGUUGCCUGGGUCGAGAUUGUGCAGUGGUUGCUUGAACGUGCCCCAAGUGCGCUGGAGGGCUGUAUACUACGAGUUAAAGCAUGGAACUGGCACGUCUGUGAGUGGCUUGAACAGACUAACUGGCGACGGGUUAGCACGGAUAGUAUCUUUUCAUUCUGGGAGCGUUCAUGA